AUGGGAUGCUGUGGUAGUAAAGAAGACCAUGAAGAUGAUGGUAUUCGUGACCCUUUAUUGGAAGAUUUUGAUGUAGACAACCGAAGAAACUAUAGAACACAAGAGCCCAUUAAUAUUCAAAAAGAGCAAGAGUUCUGGAGCAGUAUUAUUGACCGAACAACGCAGAACCUCAUCGACAUUUCCAGUGCACAGACGGAUCCUCUGCAAGACACGGAUGUGGAAGAACGAGAGAAUAAAUACCGGCAAUUGGUAGAAGGGACGCAACCCAGAUUACUCACCCAUCCCACCUUGGACAAUAAUACCAACAUGUGGGAGCUUCUCUCACAAGCCAAACCCAACGGAGGAAUGACAGACGGUGAAGUGGAUUGGCUCUAUCAAACAAUGGAUGAAAUCCAAGACGCUUUACAACAUAUCGUGAUUGAACCUGCGGGUGAAAUGGUUGUUCAUUUAACCAUGACAGAGAAUAGUUCGAUUAAAGCCUAUUAA